AUGCGUUCCACCUUUGGUCUCAAUUUGUUUGUGAACGGAUUGACUAAAUGGAAUAUGGCUGCGUUUUUUAUAGUAUAUUUAUUCGGAGAGGUGCGAGGUCAGCUACCAGUUCAUUAUGGAGAGGCAGCUGGACAAGCAUGUGUGUUCAACAACUACAUUAUCAACUCCACUACUAUUUCUCAAUUUCCUACAGGGGAUGAUUACUGCUUUAAAGUCGAGGGUUCAAUUCGUAUAGAUGAAACCACAGAUGUAUUACAUGAAGAAUUGUUCGGAGCUCUAGGUCGUAUAGAAACAAUGUCUGGUACUGUUGAGAUAAUGAAUACCGCAUUUACAAAUAUUAGCUUCUUUGUUUCUUUAUUUGGGUUAUUCUACACCCAUGAAGACCGUUUUGGUCGGUUUUUUCUUUGCUGA